ACAAUUACCAUAUAGUGUCGUAAAAUACUGACUGCGUACAAGCGUAGUAGACAUGCGCAGUAGCGUAUUCGGUUGCCAUCGUAGCUGUACACGGAAGCCGCAACUUUCAAAACACAAAAUGCCUCCCAAGUCACCUGCAAAGAAGUCGGCCAGCAGCACAAAAAGCUCCGGGAAGCCUCCCAAGAAGCCAGCCAGCGCCAAACUCAGCAAGGCAGAGAAGGAGAAACUCCAGAAGGAGGAGGAGGAGAAGAGAUUAAAGGAGGAAGAAGAAGCCAGGAAAAAGGCAGAGGAAGAGGAGAGAGAACGACUGGAAAAGGAGAGGAUAGAAAGAGAGGAACGGGAGAGGCUGGAAAGAGAGGAGCAUGAGCGGCAUGACAUGGAGAUGGCUGACCUGAACGCUGUCCUGGAUAAUGUGGACUCAGCCAUCAACAGCCAGGAGGAGCAGAGAAGGGCAAAUGCAAAGUGGGAGCGGUACAUGAAGUGUGAUGGCAGUCCAGACCCGACCGUCACACAGGACAUCAACACCUACAUGAGCCUGUGGAGAGAGGACAAGGAGAGCUCCGACAUCAAGAUGGUCCUGAACGAUAGCAGGCAGCUACUCGCGCUGAUUGGUGAGCUGGAGUUCCUGAUGUCCGACACACCCGAGGGUGAGCUGUCUGAGUCAGACAUUGGUCGGUACAGGCAGACCAUCAGGGACCUUCAGGAACUGCUGUCUUACAAGCUGGAUGAGGCCACUGUGGAUAUGCUAAAGAAAGCCACAGCAGAAGCUGACAUUGAGUCAGGGAACCUGCAGAAGGUGUCGAAGCUGGAUGACAUCACGCUCAUGCUGUGGGCAAACUUGAACAAAAACCCUAGGUUUAAGUCCUUUGAGUUCCAAGGAGAAGGUUUUACCUUCGAGCUUCCCAAACCGCUCGCCACGGCUGACGUCGCCAUCCGUGUGAUAAAAACGGCAUUCGACCACCUGUCCCCUCACUGUCGCACCUUCUACCCCCGCAAGAAGAAAGUGGACCAGUCCGCAGCCCCAGAAGAGGAAGAGAAGAAGGAUGAGGAAGAUACCAAAGAUGGGGAGGAGGGGGAGAAGGAGGGAGAAGGUGAUGAUGAGAAACCACUAGAUGCUGAUGCAGAUGAUGCAAAGUCUGUUGCAAGUGGGAGAAAGGUAAUGAAAUGCAAUAAGAUACACCAAAUAAUAGUUACUAAAAUAACUGGAUAUGACUUUGGAAACAGUCAGACAUUUCAGGUUUCUGUUUAUUAUUUAACCCUCCAGUUAAUUAUGGAGUUCCAUCUACUACCACUACAGGCAAAGAUGCUACUGGAGGAACCACCCAAGGAAGGAGGGGAGGGAGAGGGGGAGGGGGACCAGGCGGCCCAACCUGAGGCAGAGGCGGCCCACCCGCCCCUGUACAGCCUACAUACAUCACUCCUCCUGUGGGGGUCACUAUCAAGGGAGGGGUUGUAUCGAGUAUUUAGAGGGGAGGGGAGGGGGGAACAGGCAGCCCAACCUGAGACAGAGGCGACUCCACCCGCCCCUGUACAGCCUACAUACAUCACUCCUCCUGUGGGGGUUACUAUCAAGCUGCCCAGCACAGUGGCAUUUUACGAGGAACCCCAGCCUGCGAGGUGGAGCCGGGAGGGCAAACACUGGAGACUGGACGGCUUCACUGACAUCAAGUUUGACGAAGAGAACAAAACGCUAAGUUUCAAGACAAACACGUUUGGGCUGCUGACGGUAAUCCAGGACUCGCACCUGAACAUGCCCUUCCAGUCCUGGGAGAUCCGACCGCGCGGAAACAACGCCGCUCUCUUCACUAUCAUCGCCGCAAUUGUGGAGCUGGAGAUUGAGAUUAAGGACGACAAGUGUUGUCUGAGCCAACCAGAGGACACGCCAGAGCUGGACCACCUCAGGAAGAAGUGGUUGGCUCCAAAGGACCUGGUGAAGGCCCUGAAAGCAGCUGGGGUGAACAUCUUUCCAGAACCAGACUCCAGCAAGUUUGUCAGCAUGACCAAAAAGGACGAGGAAGCCGAAAUGCUGACGUACCGCUGCAUGGCCAUGACCCUCCCGGCCUUUGCCUUCUCCUGGAGUAAGUGGAACGCGGAGGCGGGGGAGGACCGGAUCGUCAUGCAGGCCGCCGAACAUCUGGAGGACGAACCUGUCAACGAGGAUGACUGGUGCUGCUAUGUGCAGAGUGUGCGGAGGGCCAAGAAACUCAAAAUCAACGAGUUCAGCGAGGAGUUCUCUGUGGACCAUGCUGAAGGAUCAGAGCUGAGGUCCAACAUGUACCACAUGCUGACGGACUCGGCGAGUGAGAAGGCCCGGGAGCGUAUCCAGGCGGCGAGCUUCAGGUUCCUGCACUGUGCUGAGGAACUCAUCCGAGCCACACGGCUCUUCACUUACUCAUAGACAACUAUCUACCCCCUGAAUUAAUGGUUGGGUCUGUUUCUGACAUUCUAUCAGCUGUAUGGUGGGCUAUUCCAUCAGAACAAUAGGGAGGGUAAUUUAAAAUUACAAACUUCAUGUUCCUGCACUGUGCCAGGGAGCUCAUCCGGGCCACAAGGUUCUACACUUACUCAUAAACACCUAUCCCCCUUGAAUAAAUGGUUGGGUCCAUUUCUGACAUUCCAUCAGCUGUGUAGUGGGCUAUUACAUUAGGAGAAUGGGAAGGAUGAUUUGAUUGAUGAAUUAUAGGAUACUGGGGUGAAAUGGAGUGUGUAUACAUUGCUGGAAAUUAGAUUUAGUGUACAGUUUAAGAGAUAUGUUUUCCCAGUUACAAACUCUUCUCACCAUC